GUGAACUGGAGUCCGUCGCCACAUCUCUGCAUUCCUCCACGCAAAGAUGGCCUUUCAUUUGCCGACGAGCGGGUUGCGAAAAUCGUCAUUGAAGCCACGAAGGUUCAUGAUCUGAUACUGGUCUAUCAUCCGAACAUUCGAGAACAGAUUGCUACAAUUGGACCACAGAAGGCCAAUGUUCGCAGUGCUACGGAGGUCGACAGAUUUCAGCAGGCGCUGGAACGCGUUACAGCACAGGCUCGAGAACGAAUAGAUCUCAAUGUGAUGGUUGUCUCUCCGCAUGGCCUCGUAGAUGUCUCCGAACGAAACAUAAGGGUCCUCGAUGACUAUCUGCCAAUGGAACUGCUCCAGACGUCCGUUGGAAGUGGAGCGGUCAUGCAGCUAAUCGCCAUGCCUGGGAAAACUCAUCAAGUCUACUCACAACUACGAAAUCAUACACCCAUACCGAAUGUCAAAGUCUACUACACCACUCCCAAGGUCGGUGAUCUCCCCGAAUGGUAUCACUACAAGAAAUCGUCUACGGUACCUGAUUUGAUACUUGUGGCUCAACCAGGAUAUGCUAUAAUCACGCGAGAUCCGAGCAAGCAAAUUGCAGAACAGCUAUCUAGUGAAGUGAGGGCGGGUAUGAGUGGCUAUAAUAAUCACUAUCCGGAUAUGCAAGGAGUUUUUCUCGCCUAUGGGCCA